AGAAGGCAGCCGCGAGGGGCGCCAUGUGCUGCGAUUUCCUUGCACUGCAAGUCAAUCGAAGGCAAAGCUGGAACCAUCGCGACAACGAGACUCACAGCCGUCACGUUCACUUUUCCAACCCCUCUCCAAUAUUUUCGGGCUCUCUCUCCCCACAAUUUUUCUUCUUCUCAACAUAACAAAAGCAAGCGCCUCUCUCUCGUUUUCUCUCUAUUUUAUAUAGCUUAAAACACGCUGUGUUUUCUGUUUAUCGCCUAGUUUAUCCAGAAACUUCUUGAAAUAGAUCUGAGUGUGAGCGAAAAUGGGAGGUUUACGCUUGUUUCAGAGGGCUUCUAAAUCCUUCCGUGACUAUCCUUUGCUCUCUAAAGUUCUUGUAGUCUGCGCCGUCAGUGGUGGGAGUCUUUUAGCUUAUGCUGAUGCAAACUCAUCCAGUGGUGUGCACGCUUUGGCUCCACCCGAGGAGGUGAGCAAGAAAAAGAAGGUUGUUGUAAUUGGAACUGGUUGGGCAGGAACAAGUUUUUUGAAGAAACUAAAUAACCCUUCAUAUGAUGUACAAGUGAUAUCGCCUCGUAACUACUUUGCUUUCACACCCCUGCUACCAAGUGUUACAUGUGGUACAGUGGAAGCUCGCAGCAUUGUUGAGCCUAUUCGUAACAUCGUCAGAAAGAAAAAUGUGGACAUUUGUUUCUGGGAAGCUGAAUGUUUCAAGAUUGAUGCAGAAAACAAGAAAGUUUAUUGUCGAUGUAAUCAAAAUUCAAAUAUGAAUGGAAAAGAAGAAUUUGUUGUAGACUAUGACUACCUUGUAAUAGCCAUGGGAGCUCGCCCAAAUACUUUCAACACACCUGGAGUGAUGGAGUAUUGCAAUUUCUUGAAGGAGGUUGAAGAUGCGCAGAAGAUCCGUAGGACUGUUAUUGACAACUUUGAAAAGGCCAGUCUACCAAAUUUAAGCAAUGAAGAGAGAAAGAGAAUUCUUCAUUUUGUGGUGGUUGGUGGUGGUCCAACUGGUGUAGAAUUUGCAGCAGAGCUUCAUGAUUUCGUCAAUGAGGACUUGGUCAAACUAUAUCCUGCAGCCAAAGAUUUUGUAAAGAUAACACUUCUUGAGGCAGCAGAUCAUAUUCUGAACAUGUUUGACAAAAGAAUCACAGAUUUUGCUGAAGAAAAGUUCAAAAGAGAUGGGAUUGAUGUGAAGUUAGGGUCAAUGGUUGUGAAGGUUUCUGAUAAAGAAAUUUCUACUAAAGUAAGGGGGAAUGGAGAAACUGCGUCCAUUCCUUAUGGAAUGGCUGUCUGGUCAACUGGUAUUGGAACUCAUCCUGUCAUAAGGGAUUUUAUGAAGCAAAUUGGUCAGACUAACAGGCGUGCUCUAGCAACUGAUGAGUGGCUCCGGGUUGAGGGAUGUAAUAACGUUUAUGCCCUUGGUGAUUGUGCAACAAUUAACCAGCGAAAAGUCAUGGAAGAUAUCUCAGCGAUAUUUAAGAAGGCAGAUAAGGAUGAUUCCGGAACUCUCACAGUAAAAGAAUUUCAAGAAGUUAUUGAUGACAUCUGUGAAAGAUAUCCCCAAGUGGAACUUUAUUUAAAGAACAAAAAAAUGCGCAAUAUUGUUGAUCUGCUGAAGGAAGCCAAAGGGGAUGUUGCAAAAGAAUCCAUUGAACUAAAUAUUGAGGAGUUCAAAACAGCUCUUUCUGAAGUGGAUUCUCAGAUGAAAAAUCUUCCAGCAACAGCGCAGGUUGCAUCUCAACAAGGUACAUACCUUGCCAAUUGCUUCAACCGCAUGGAGGAUGCAGAGAAAAAUCCAGAAGGCCCUCUCAGGUUUAGGGGAGAAGGUCGCCAUCGAUUUCGCCCCUUCAGGUACAAGCAUCUUGGGCAAUUUGCUCCACUGGGAGGAGAGCAAACGGCAGCACAACUUCCUGGUGAUUGGGUUUCAAUUGGACAUAGCAGUCAGUGGCUUUGGUAUUCUGUCUAUGCUAGUAAGCAAGUCAGCUGGCGUACAAGGGCAUUGGUGGUAUCUGACUGGACACGGCGCUUCAUCUUUGGAAGGGAUUCCAGUCGCAUUUGAGGUACAGCGAACACCAGGUUCUUGGGAUCGAAUGUUGGAGCACAUAGUGUUUCAUUCCACUCGGUACAAAUGAAAAAUUUUUUGCCUUUUUUCUGGCCUAGUCAAUUCUUUGAAACACAGAAAUGUGUGGCUUUUGUUAAUGCUCCGAAAGAAAGUGGCUGCAUUCGUUAUUGAUUUGUUGAAAAUUUUUGGGUACGAGCGAGUACCUCUUUUUGCUUAUAAGUUUUGCUUAAAUAAUGAGGUGAUUGAGGUUUUAUUGCACAAGCCCGGUCCUAUGCUAUAAUAUAUACAUUGAUUUUAUUGCUGCUA